AUGUAACAGGAAGCGAUGUUACGAAAACAAGCGCUUGUAACAGCACACACCUUGUUCGCCCAGACAUCGGUUACCAAACCCUCGAGUUGCCUGCGGCUGGAAAGCUGAGUUUGCCUCUGUCUUGUCCUUGGAAAAGGAGGUUUGGAUAAUCAGUCAUGCUGAAAGCUGUGGGACAAGUGUUGUUCUCAACUGGUCUGCAGAAUCCGAAAUUCACUGCAGAGGAGAAAAAGGGACAGGACUAUGAAAUCCGCACCUACCAGCCCACUAAGUGGAUGAGCACCUCUGUGAGCGGGAUGCAGCUGGAAGCAGCCUUGUCUACUGGCUUCCGUAGACUCUUCAACUACAUCCAAGGCAACAAUAAAAACAAGGCUAAAGUGGAGAUGACGGCCCCCGUGACGUGCCACGUGAAACCCGGGGCCGGCCCUGCGUGUGAAUCUCAGUUCACCGUAUCCUUCUACAUCCCAGAGGAGCAUCAGGCCACUCCACCCGAGCCCAACGAGCCUGAGGUGUUUAUAGAGCACAGGAAGGAGUUGACGGUGUAUGUCAGGACAUACGGUGGUUUCUCCAAUGAUAACAUGAAGCGUGAAGAGCUGCUGAAACUUAUGGAAAGUCUGAAGAGGGAUGGAGUCCAAUACAUCGAGAAACCAUACUACGUAGCCGGGUAUGACAGCCCUUUCAAACUGACCAACCGCAGGAAUGAGGUCUGGAUCCUCAAGAACGAAGAGGAGCAGUAGAGCGUUCCUGGGCCACACUCUAUCCUAUAAAAAUGUUAGUGAAGGGAAUUUAAAUGUGAUGAUUUGAUACAUUUCAGUUUGACCAGCAACAAAAGUUAGAUUUGCUACUUCCACUAAAAGUUACUGAUUACUCACUGAAAAACUUGAUAAGGAGACUAAUUACACGACAACUAGAGGUCCUGUCGGCCAUAUGAAGCAAUAUAACCAGCAGGUGGAGCCAAGUAGUCAAGAAAAUGUUUCUUAUGUUAACAGAAAACCCCACAAGUGCGUCUUAAUUUAAAAAAAAAAAUUUUUUUAAUGAAUAUUUUCAAAAUACACUAAUUUUAGGCUUUUGAUUGUGCAUGUUGCUAACCUCCUUUUUCACAGCAGAUGUUUUAGCCUGACAGGGCAGGGACAGCACAGCACCCAUGUGACCGAUAACAUUCACAGUGUGAGCCGGUUCCAGGGGGGCGGUGUCUGCUGGCUCACUGUGGGAGCACACUGUGUACCUUUCCUGUGUGCGACGGACACGAAGCUUCUUGCUUUUCGUUUACACUCCCACACUAGCAGGUGAGAGCAGCCACGUGUCACUCAGGCGACGCUGCUUAGAUUUGCCGUGUCAUCAGAUGUUUCCAUCAACACAGAUCUGUUUAAGUCAUGCUGACACCAUAAAUAUAUCUAUUUUAAGAUCACUGGCUGCACUCAGAAUAUGCCUAGAUAGAUAGAUACAUAUAUAUUUUUUAACAAUUCUUCAAUUGCAUGCAAAGAAAGAAGGCUACAUGUGUGUUGUGCACCCUCUCCCUCUUGAGGUAGUCUUUCCUUCAGGUCUUAUUGGAAAACUUAGUGAAAACAGUUAACCCAUAAUCAUGAAACACAAUUUCAAACAAACAGUUUCAGCUGCUUUUUCCUGCAACGUCAAGUCGAAGCCUUUGCUGUGAAAAAUGUUCAAAUAACAUGGCAACUAACUGCUACUUGUUUACACUCACAUAUUGAUGUGACAGGACUGUGUGUAGGAAACAAAGAAAGCAAAGAAAAUGUUCGUAGUUGGUUUUUAAGUCAGUCCUAAAAUAAUACUAGUGCCUUUAUGGACAUUAAAACAAGGAUAAAUCCAGCCAUCGCUGUGUGUAAAAGUGCACUCUGAUGGCUGUUAGAUGCAACUGUGACGCUUUGUCAGUCAGAGUUAUGUGAAUCAGCAGUCAAAAUGGGGGGAAAAAAUAGUUUUUUGCAGUUUGGUGAGGACUCGCAGUCCAUAAAAAAAGUAAAUCCACACAAAAAUUAUCAGCGCAUCUAAAAGUGCAGAAGCCUCAUAUUUGUUUUCACUGAACUUUGGAGUAUAAUAUUUGCACACGCCACGAGUUCAGCCUGUGAAAAUGUGUCUCCUGGUACUUGGAUUUGAGUCGCAUUAAGAAAGGGAUAGCAUCAAAUCCAUUAUGACCAGAGGGAUCAAGUGCAAGGGAUUAAGCAUUAAACAUAUUUUGACUUUGUAGAUCAGCUGCACAGUUUAGCAGAAGGUUUUUGUUGUCAGUCAGCUCGGGCACUGGGAAGGUGACUCUGCCUGGCAAGUGGCCGAGCGUCGGUAAAUCUCAGUUUAUCUGUUCUCAGGCCUCACUUACUGCCACUGCGACCGCAUUUGCAUCCAUUGUGAUGAAUGGCUGGGCCCGUCACAACACGUCUCAUAAGCUGUCAUUUUUGUCAAUGAAUAUAAAUGUGUGUUGAACCAGCUUUGUGCUCAAUUCCUCAGACUGACCAUUUUUGCUUUAAUAUUGACAAAGAGAGCUAACAAAAAUGUGCCUUUUUUGUUUUAUAUCUUCAUAUAAUCAUUAAGUGUGUGUGUUUAUUACUCAUAGUAGUACUCGGAUGAAGAAUGAUGGCACGAGUACUGCACUGAUAAGAAUAUGGGGAAAUUUGAAAGUUUAAAUAAUGUAAUAAUUGUCUUAUCUAAUCAAUAACUCGUGAUUAAACCAUUAUUCGGAUCAUAAAUGUGCGUUU